AUGUUGCCUGCUGGAAGCAGACGGUCUAAAAUCCGUCCACCUCGCAAGUCGCUUGCCUCACUGGACUCCUCUCUGGACGCCCUCGACUACGACGCCUCUUGGCAGGUGCUAGCGAGUGCUAUAGUCCAGAUCCAGAACAAAAGUGUCUACAACUUACUGUAUGAGCAAUUGUAUCGAAAGUCUUACACGUUAGUGCUUCGAAAGUUUGGAGGUAGGCUUUACGAUGAUGUAGCGGCACUAAUUGGUCAACACCUCCGAAACAGACGCCAAUCACUACUUCUGUCCUUUGACUCCAACUUGUGGUGGAGUAACGAGGAGUUUCUCAAGGCUGUGGUCAAGGAAUGGUCAGAAAACUUACAACUGAUGAAGUUCAUUAGUGACGUUCUCAUGUACCUUAACCGAGUUUAUGUUAAGGAGAACAAACGGUUGCUCAUCUACGAUUUGGGUAUGGUUCUCUUUGACAUCAACUUCAUCCGUUUCAACAACAUGGAGGUCGGGUCCAGAUUGAUUUCGGUAGUUCUCGAGGAGAUUUCCAAAAGUAGAAACGGCGAGGUCAUCACCACUCGGCUGUACAUCUCGCAGGUCAUCACCAUGUUGGAAAUGCUACUGCAAGAGCAUCUGGGUACACAAGCUUCGGUGCCCAGCGCUCCACGCGAUAGCUUGUAUCAUGAUCACUUUGAGCCGGAGUUUAUGAAGAGCUCGGAACUUUUCUUCUCCAACUUAGCUAACGACUAUAUCAUGCGGCUCAAGGGUUCUGCCUACCUAGUGCAUGUCAACAAAUUUGUUCAGGAGGAGGAGAAUCGCUCCAAGUACUUUGUGCCUGGCAGAACAUAUCCCAAAGUCAUAACCUUGAUGAACAAUAUCCUCAUCCAGGAUAAGAUUGAUAAGAUCAUCUGUUUGCCCGUUGAACAAGAAGGUCUUCUGUAUUGGUUACAACCGCUUUUGGAUGCAACCGUGCUCAACGUAUCCCACAAUCCAUUGACAUCCCUUCGCAAUAGUACCGUCGAACUCCGCAUCCUAUAUACUCUUAUUGGGCGCAUAGACCUGGAACGAAAGCUUCUCAAGCUCAGAUUGAAGGAUGCUGUAUAUUCUCAAGGACUUCUGCUUCCUGACCUUGUAAUGGCAGCCUUGGAGCAGCAGGCUUCGGCUACCGCUGCGUCGGGACUGAAGAAGGCGUCUGUCAACGCAACUUCGGCAGCUUUCGCUACUAGAUGGAUUGACACUGUGUUGGAGUAUCAGAAACAAUUCAGAAAUCUUGUAAAGGACGCAUUUUCCUCAAACGGAUCUAUUGAGCACACUAUUUUUUCUGCCAUGAGAGAUUUUGUCAACAGUUCAAAUGGAGCACCCAAGAAGCGUCAGUCCAUUGUCCCAACGACAAAUGCUCCAGAAUUGCUUUCAGUCUAUAUGGACUUCCAUAUCAAGCAAUUGACCAAAUCCAAUGGGGCAAAGCGGACUGUUAACGAUAACAACGUCUCUGUUGAUGAAACAGAUGAAUUUAUCAAUAAGGCUGUUGCAUUCCUUGGAUUUGUGAAGGAUAAGGACGCCUUUGAAGUUCACUACGCGGCACAUUUUGCCAAAAGGUUUCUUAAUGCAAAAGGCUCAACAGCAAUUUCUAAUGGGGGUAGUUACGGUGGAGAUUUAGAGGAGCUAGUGAUUGCCAAGUUGGGAGAGGAAUUGGGCAGUGCAUCAUUGGAGAAAAUCAUCAGAAUGAAGAAAGACGUGCAGCUGUCUGCUGAACUUACACUUGAAUGGAAGAAUUACGCCUCCAAUAACCAAAUCAAGCUGGUAGAACUUGAUUUAAAGAUUUGUAACGUCUCUGAUUGGCCAAAGUCUAUGACAAAAGACUACAAGAGCUUUGUGAGUGAGGAUGGACAAAUUGGUUUCAUUUGGCCCAAAAUGCUACGAGAAACCAUGAGAAAGUUUGAAGAGUAUUGGCUCACGGGUAAAAGAAACGAUAAUAAGUCGCUUUUUUGGUCCCCUAAGUUCGGACUGAUGGAUCUCCGAAUCACUUAUCCGUCAAGAACAUAUGAUAUCAACAUGUCCACUUAUGCUGGAGUGAUCAUGUUGCUUUUUGCCCCACAGUCAUCAAAUUCUUCAGGAAAGCCAGUGCUGGCGUUUGAGGAGAAGAGAGAAUUGACAUACGAGGAAAUCAUGGAAUUGACCAAAAUUCCAGAAGGCGACCUCAAAAGACAACUUCAGCUGAUUGCGGUGGCACCUCGGCUGAGGCUAUUGGUGAAAACGCCAAUGUCGAAGGAUGUGAAUCCGGGUGAUGUUUUCAAGCUUAAUAGCAACUUCAAAUCGCCUACAUCCAAGGUCAAAGUUCUUACUGUGUCGCUGUCGUCAUCCAAGACGGAACUGACAAAAAAGUCAGACAAGCAGGAAGAGGUUGACGAAGUGAGAAGCAAUAUCGAGGAAGGACGUAAGCAUGUGGUGAAUUCUGCCAUUGUGAGAAUCAUGAAGGCGAAUCAGACGAUCAAUCACAACGACUUGAUCGUGCAAUUGCUCAAGCAACUUCAGAACCGAUUCCAGCCAUCUACAUUAUUGAUUAAGCAGCGCAUUGAGGAUUUGAUAGAGAAGGAGUAUUUGAAGAGAGACGAUGAAAUGCCCAGCACAUACCAUUACAUUGCAUAA